CGCCGGGAAAACCCGUCUUAAAAUCUUUCUGCUCCCUAUCCCGGACUUUCCCGGCGAGCUUGCCGGCGAUAUGCAGUCCUUCAAAGCGGUCUCCGUGCUUCUCCUGGCAGUGUUGGUAGCCGGAAAUUGUGGUUUUCCGGCGAAGGGGGACUCCGAGAAGAAGAGGGUGAUAGACUCGCCAUUGCUUUCUUCCAAGAUUCCUAGUAGCCAUACGAUUAAGGUCGAUCUCGAUGGCGAUGGAGAUUUCAAGUCCGUGCAAGAGGCGGUGGAUUCAGUGCCCGAAGGCAAUUCCGACUGGGUCACCAUUCACGUCAGGGCAGGGGUAUACAGAGAGAAGGUGAUUAUACCAGAGAAGAAGCCUUACAUUUUCUUGAGAGGAAAUGGGAAGGGGAAAACGUGGAUAGUUUGGAAUGACAGUGGGGCUAAGAAUGAGACAUCUGAGUCUGCAACUUUUGCAGUUUAUGCACCCAAUUUCAUUGCUUGGGGUAUUAGCUUUAAGAACGAUGCAGCAGUGGGUACAGCAGGAACUCCAUUUAACCAAUCAGUGGCAGCUCUAGUUGGUGGAGACAAGUCUGCAUUCUAUCACUGUGGCUUCUACAGCUCUCACAACACACUCUUCGACUACAAGGGUCGUCAUUUCUAUGAAUCUUGCUAUAUCCAAGGCUCCAUUGAUUUCAUCUUCGGCCGCGGCCAAUCCCUCUUCUUGAGCAAUGAAGUGUUUGUUCUUGCUGAGAAGCGGUCGAAGAUCCAUGGAUCCAUAACAUCUCAAAAUCGACAAGGCCCAGAUGAGACUAGUGGUUUUGUUUUCCUAAAAGGCAGGGUUUACGGGGUCGGAUAUGUUUACUUAGGCCGUGUAAGAAGCGCGCAUGCGAGGGUUAUUUUUGCUAAGACUUAUCUCUCCAAAACAAUUGUACCAGAGGGAUGGAGCAGUUGGAGCUUUGAUGGAAGUCCAAACCCAGACAAAUUGCUGUAUGGUGAAUACAAAUGCCAUGGGCCUGGCUCCGACCGCACCUUCAGAGCUACAUGGUCGAGGCAGCUGAAUGACACAGAGGUCGCUCCUUUUCUGGGCAUCAAAUUCAUUAAUGGCAAAGAAUGGUUGCCUAUUUACUAGUAUUUUUUUCUUCUGCUUUCUUGAUGUGCAGCUUGAAAUUGACCUAAUAUCUUGUUUUCAUUAAAAGAAUAUUUUUAUAUUUAAUCAUGGAUUUCAUAAAUGAUUGGAUGUUCCCUUAUAUUUUUGUGAUUGAUCAAAGGACCAAUUUCAAGGCAA